AUGAGCUUUAAAUAUCCGACUAUGAAUGAGCGACGAAAUCAUAUUGGCGAGGGAUGCAAGACUACUUUCAACUGGAUCUUCGAUCAAAUCGAGCAGGGAGACAAUGAUGCGGCCAUCGAUUGUCAUGUCGACACAAAGUCCGAAUGGCUCCCUGGCUCAAACCAGCAGAAUCCCAAUCCAACCACUCACACAACAUUCCGUGCAAGUGGUUUUCUGGAUUGGCUCCGUUCUUUGCAUCAGCCGCUCUUCUGGAUUAGUGGCAAGCCGAGGUCAGGCAAGAGCACUCUGGUCAAAUUCCUGCUCGAUGAUCACCGGACGAGAGCAAAUUUCGAGGUCAACUUACCACAUGCGACAAUCAUUUCCCACUUUUUCUGGCUUCCUGGCAACGCAAUGGAUAGGAGCACUAAAGGAAUGCUGUGCUCUCUGAAUCAUCAGUUACUAAGCAACAGCAACAACAACAACAACUAUUCCAACGUCUUCCACCACCCAACCUUUCCAAGCAUAAAACUGAAAGACAACCCCAGCGAUUGGUCAAUAAAGGAACUCCAGGACAUCUUUGUCUACCUCUUACGAAAGUCAGCCCGUCCUAUUCUCAUCUUUUUGGAUGGCCUAGACGAGAUUGACCCCUCCGACGGGCCUUUCUUUCUACUUAGCCUUCUUGAUACGGUGUGCAAAAUACCAGGAGUGAAAGUCUAUACGUCCAGCCGACCCGAGCCAACCUUACAACAAUAUUUCAACAUGACACCAUCCUUCCGAGUGCAGGAUUUCACAGUGAGAGACAUACGAAACUAUGCGAGGAAGAGGCUUCGGCUACAAAGUCUCACCAGUUCUCAACGCCUCGACGAUGAAGAGUUUGAGAAGCUCAUGGAGGAGUUUGGAGACAAGAACGACUCGACUCAAGCGCUGAGAGAACGAUUGAAUUCUCUUCCAGAUUCCUUCACAACUCUUGCCUUGGCUCCGGACCCAACUUUAGGAACAGCUCUCAAAACUAGCAAUGAGCAGGCAAAUGGUUCCGCCCAGCGUCUCCUCGAACGAUGUAACGCGCUCGGAAAGAAGAUUGAGCUUCACUGUGCCGGACUGGUGGAGCUGGUCGACUCUGAGAUUCGAUUUGUUCAUCGCUCGGCCCAAGACUUCCUGGUAGACACACUGGAUGGUCGUGCAAUACUGGCAUACGACAAGACUUCACGACGGGAUCGCGUUUAUCAACUUAUCAAUGCCCACCUCACAGUUCUAUCCGUUCAAAGUGAAGAAUACCUUGACUGUUUCUACCAUUGGCUAGGAAGAGGCCAUUAUCCGAUCCGAGCAUCUAUCAAGCUCGUGCUCCGUGCAUACGACACUCUGGGUACCCUUUCCGACGCUGAAGCUAUGGAGCUUCUAGACCGCAUCCAGAAGGUCACUGAGACUACGCACUGGGUCUCACAUUGCCUGUCACUUCGGGGGAAUAACUUUAGCGGCCAGCUCGCGCAACACGGCUGUUUACGGUUUCUAUUGCAUACGAUGAAUAGGGCAGAAGAAAUAUGCGGUUCCACGUCUAGUGCUUACCGAAGCUAUCUCAUAUUUGCGACCCUUCGACGAGCAGACAAGUUCAAUUAUCACGCAACCGACACCCGCUACACACAGCACCGCUUGGAAAUACUAUGUCAUCUUCUGUCUGCACGGAAUGACAGGUUACUAAACCGGGCGGUCCCUAAUCCGUAUGACCGCGGUGUUCCUCAGCCAAAUGUCACGUGUCGCACAACAACAAUGAUGGAGGUAUUUCUUGAGCCUCAGUCGUUCAAUCUUGGCAAGUUUCUCAUGGAUGCCACACCGUUGGAUAUAUCUCAAGCCUUCACGCAGGUGGUUGACAUCUGCUUCCAAUUCAUCAAUGUUGGAGAAGAUCUGACCAGCGUCAUUCUAUUCCCAUUUGAACAUCAGAAUGGGUUUGAAUGGUCUUAUUGUCCUGAUUGGAACACUUUGCUUGAACCGUCACGAAGUCCAAGUGCAGUUCUUCUCGUCCAGCUCAACAUGGCAUUCGUAGUCGAUAUGUGGUGCCGCAUGAUGAGCAACUAUGUCUUCGACGCCACAGGAAGAAAGGGGCUAGAUGCUCUGUGGAAAAUGGCCCAAACAGUCAAAAAGGUUGAUGUGCUGGGCGCAUUCAACAGAUCCGAUCCUAGCAAAUUUCACAUUUUGGCAGCAGGAAAAACAGCAGAGUACACAAGGGCCGUUGAGAGCCUGCCUCUAGCUAUGCAGAGUUCAUGGACCAUAGGGAUCGAUCCAACAAUGGACAAGUCGGACGAUGCGGUUUCGGAAAUGCAUGUAAACGAACUCGAAACCGAGCUUAUACAACGAGGGCUUCUGGUAAGAAGAAGGGAUGUGGAAACAGAUCUGAGUCGCUUCAGACACGUGGAGGGAGUACAAGGGAGUGUUACCAUAGUAUCGGGCAAAAACAGGCCAGCCAUACGUAUGGGGCUACACAUGUUAAUACAUAAGUUACUUUGA